AUGCUGCUUUCGUUGAAUGAACAGGCAAAUAGUAGGAAGUCACGUCUAUCCAAGUUAAGGGAGGACAGAAAACUCGAAAAAGAGUCUACUGGUGACGUGCAAACGCAAUCAAUUCUUGAUCAAAAUACUAACGGCGCUACACCAGUCAAUUCAACUAAUGAAGACAUUAUACACGAUACAAAUAACAGCUCUAUAAGGUCUCGUAAUUUUGAUUUAGAAACAAGAGAUGCAGUUUCGGGAAUCAAGAAUCCUCCAACAUUAGCGCUUUCGAAUAAUGAGACGGUUGAGGUAUUAGCAUCACAAAUACAGCGCGAUAUACUACAAGGUAUCAGACAUAAGGCCGACGAGGCCUCUAGUGGGCAGGAUGAAGGAUCUCCAUUGGAGAAGCAUGAGUCGGCGUACCAUAGCAAGGAUUUGAAAGCGGACCUAGCGUACUAUUUCAACAAAGCAGAUACGAAGACAAAUCAAGCAAUAAAUAGGAUAUUACAAACCAAGUAUCAAAAUUCCAUACACUAG